AUGGAUCGAGGUGCUGGAUCAGAAGAAAAUGAAAACAAGAUGCUCCUCGAACGUCUAUCAGUCCUAGUGAAAUACAUGUUUAAUCAAUCGUUCGAUAUUUCCGAAAUUAAAGAGGCCUUAUCAGCUUUAGACUUCUCAUGCAUGUUUUUUCACCAUUUAUUAGUAACAGAAAUGAAAUUAAUCCAAUUGUGCUUUAAUAAACUACAUAGAUACGGCAUAGAAUUCAAUAUUUUAGAACAAUAUUCUCGCUAUCCCGAAAUUUUACAGAAAUUCAUACAAGUUUCUUGCGAGUUCAUCGCAAUAAACAAAGUUUCGGACCGAAAUAAGCUGAUUGACGAAAUAAUGGAAUCAAUAUUUUUCCUAAUUCAAAAUUCCAAGCAGAAACAGCUAAAAUUCAAAGCGCCAUCAUUUGGAGAUGAAGUCAAAGAAAUCAAUCUCAAGCAAGAAGACAUACGAAACGCAAUAAAUUUUGAAAUUUCGAUUUUAAAUGGCUGUUUAAAGCGAUUAGUUAUAUCAUCGCAAAAAGUAAUCAUACUAGCAUCGACAAUACUAUCAUCCUGUGAUAAUAAUAUCCGGAUUAACUGUUUAGAUAUGUUAUCAAAUUAUUGUCCUCUCAAUAUCACUUCAUCUUUCGUAGAAAUACGUGCAAUUGAAAAGUUCUACUUCGAAAUCAUCAACAACAAUCUCCAAGAAUCAGAAUUAGAAAUUUUUGAUAAUUUAUUGACAAAAUGUUACAAAAACGCGAUCAGUAGGAUUCCAAACGACAUCAUCAUAUUACUUGGACGAGAAACAAUCAAUGUUAUCACGGAAAUCAAUGAAAACAAAUUCAAAAUAUUUAAUGAAAAUUUAUUAAACACUGUUUACAAGUUUAUCCAAUCAGAUCAAUCCAGUGCACAACUAAUAAGACAACUGAUCAUCAAGAAACUCUCAGUUUUCUAUGAUUCCGAAGAAUAUAUUAAUAUUUGUAAAAAUUUUGAAGAAAACGACACAGAAUUUGGUCAAAUCAUCAUCAAAGCCUAUGAAAACCAAUACAACAUCAUUCCUGCUCUAAUGAAGAUAACAAAUUAUAUUCCAAAUAAUGAUUUGAUCAAAAAAUCAUCAGGAACGACAUUCUACAAGAUUUUAUCAUUAUUAGAUAGUUUGGAAUCAAAUUUGGCUUCAAAACUCAAUAAUUAUUUAGAAACAAAUCCGCCAACUUUAGAAAAUUUAAGGUUAAUUUCAAAACACAUUCCUGCGCAAAUUCUUGAGAAAUACCAGGCCAAAGAUCUUCCUUAUAUAUUCAGCAACAACCCGCAGACACUGGAAAGUCUUAUCCAGAAAUGGAAUUUGUUUUCCGAUGUAAGAAUAAGAGAAAUUAUUCCUUUUAUGUCACUUUUGUUACAAAAAGCGAAAAAUAUUUCAGAAUUUGAUUUCAUGAAAAUCAAAGAAUAUUUCAACAGACUGGAUGAUGACUAUACAUUGUUUUUUAUACCAGAAUUUGUGGAUAUCUUGGAUUUGGUUUAUGACCAAAGUGAUCUCAAAAAACGUUACAAAAAUUUCAUUAAAAAUGUCAAAACCGCCAAAAUUCCACAAAUUACAAGUGACGGUUUUAUGAAUUCCAGAAUUUUGUCACCUCACUUUUUAUUACAUUUAAUAAAGCAGCUGAUAAUAAGUUUAGAGAAUUCUCAGGAGAAAGAUAUAGUUUAUACUGAAAGUUUUGCUAUUUCUUGUUUGCAAAGGAACCAGACGAAAUUAUGGAGUAUUUAUGAUUUAAAUAAAUACAAGAUCAGUUAUGAAUUAUAUUUAUUAUACAAAGAAGAAGAAAAAAUAAAUUCUGAACCGAGAACAUUUCGAUUAUUAACGAAAAUGAUCUUUAAUUUGCAGCAUAGAACUAAUCUAAGUAUAUUAGAAGAAAGUGUUAUACCUGUUUUAAUUCAGAAACAAGAUUUAAAUGACUUAAAGUUGUUUAUUAAAAAGAGUACAAGUCAAAAUGACGAAAUCUCUUUUACAAACAAAAUUAAUGAUAACAUGGCUGACAUUUUAUGUUAUUUGUUUAGUAAUUUCGAUAAACAUGAGAUAUCUAAUUGUUUAUCUUAUAUUACGAAAACAAUUUUGCCAGGAGAAAGAGCAAUGCAUCUAAUGGAAAUGUGUUUUCCUGAUUUCGCUUGUAAAAUGUUGUCACUUUUGGGAGAUUUUGACAAAAAAAUCGUUGAAAGAACUAAAUAUUCUAUUGACGUGAUGAUUAAAUCUAAAUUACCAAAGAGAGCGUUGAGAGAUAAAGAACAGAUCGAACACAUUUUCAUUUCAAAUGAAAUAAAAAUGAUGUACGGUUUUGGAAAAUAUAUAACUAAUGGCUCAUCAUCAAGAAAAAUUACAGCAAUUCGAAGCUUGACAGAAAUUGUCAAGUCAAUGUCGGAUUCUUUGAAUGUAGAAAGAUGUAGGAAUUUACUGACAAUGGUUAGUUUCUUGACAACAAAAGAUAAAUCGUGUAGACAAUAUUGUUAUGAAUUUUUGAACACGAUUUUGGAUUUGUUGCAUAAUAAUUCAAUUUUGUCAGAAAUUUUUGGUUUUAUCGUUUCCCAGUUAAUUCCAAACAUUUCUCAGUCACCUAAUGAAACUAAGCCGCUAUUGAAGAGAUUGAUUAUUGAUGAAUACAAUGUUGUUCAAAACUCUUUGUAUCAAAUCAGUUUUGUCAAAGAAAUUUCCGAAAUUCCUGAAAUUUCUGACAAAAUCAAACAAUCAAUUGAAUCAAUUCCGAGAUUAGAACUGAUAGAAAAACUGAUUGGCGUGUUAAAUGACGCAACACCAGCUCUACAAGUUCUAAUCAUCAACCAGUUGAUUGAUUUGUUCGAAGAAAAUUUGGAUUUCGUCAAGAAAAACUUGACAAAGAAAGAAGAUCUCUGUGUAAUGAUCUGGAAAAUUUUGCAAAACACAAAUAGAGAGGACUUACAGGCGUGUUGCGGACGGUUAUUGGCGGUUAUUUAUCCAAGUGAAGAAAUGAUGUCCAAUUUCCAUAUGAACUUGAGAACACAAAAGAACCAAAACACUAAUGUUAAUGUAGUUAUGAAGAAUAUUAUUACGGACUAUUUAAUUCCUGCUUAUGAAGAUGUUACUAUGUUUUCUGUUUUGGAUUCAAUUUCAUGCGCAAUACAAAAUUUGUUGAAUGAAUUAGGUUGUUCACUGCAAAACCAGAGCCAAAGGAAUAUGAGGUCGCCUGAGAAUUGGGACAUGUUUGAUAAGAAGACACAAAUGAUCAUCGACAAAUACAGAUCAUCAAGAUAUUUGUCAAAAGACGUUAGUACGAUAAAAACUCCCAUUUUCUCUCAAAACAUAAAACAUGAGCAAUGGUUGACUAAUUUCACAAUAAUGAGUUUGCAGAUUGACUUCGAAGAAAUCAUUCCUGAUCAAACAGAUAUCAAGAAAUCAACGAGAAGAACGAAAGACUCUGAUUACGAAGAUGAAUACAAAGAAAAAUCAAAAAGAAAGAAUUCGUUGGAAAGUUUAAGAAAAAUUUCUUUCAUUUUCAAGAGAAUUCCUUCUAUUUGUAACUACAUUUUACCUUUGAUUUGCUAUUGGCAGAAAUACAAUCCUAAGUUCCAAGAACUAUUUUCUCAAGAAUUUUUGUUGAUCCUUGAAAAUUUGAAACAAAAAACUGACAAAAAUUCAAAUAAAAGUGACGACACUGCCAUACAAUGCAUGCACACUAUUUUCACAGUUUUCGAUAACUGUUCUAAUCUCAGGAUCUUCCCCAACUGUGAGACAAUUCCAAACCAUGUUUAUUCCCUGAAUUUGGCUUCACAUCAACAACUUUACGAAGCCGCUUUUUUGAGCGGUUUGUUCACACAUUCAUUGAUUCAUUUAGAAGAGGCAAUAAGAGAAGAAAACAUCAAACCAUUGUCAGACGAUAGGAAACAAAACAUGCUAAAGGUCUACAAGCAUUUGAACGAACCAGAUGGUUUAAAUGCUUUGAGAUUGAUGUCAAGAAAUGUCACUUUUUCAGACGAUAACCAAUUAUUCAGUGAAGCUAAAAUCAUCAAUAAAAUGAACACUAAUUCCGAGAGGAUUCCGAAAAUGACGAUAAGUUAUCUAACAAAUCUUCUCAAAUGUGGUCGAUAUGAAAGAGCAUUGAAUGAUUCAUUGAUGUACAGAAACACAAUGAGAAUGGGAAGAAGAUUAGACGCUGUUAUCGCAAGAGCGGCAACAAGACUCUCAAAAUGGGAAGUCGUGUCACUUUUGUCAAAUGACACUUCACCUCACAAAAUGACAAAAGACGAUGACAUGACAGAUAUUGUUGAUAUAGGAAUUGCGAAUGCGUUGAGCACUUUAGACAAAAGACAAUUUGACAGAUUUGAAAAUAUAAUUGAAAAAAUGAGAAUUGAAUUGGCAAAUCCGUUACAACAGGACUCUAAUUUGUCUUUCGAAAGAAUGAUGCCAAAUUUGAUAAAUUAUUUGUUAAUCGAAGAAUUGUCACUUUUUGGAAAGUCACUUUUCCAAAAUUCUGUUGAUCUUGAGAAAACAAUGAAAUUGUUUAAUUCUAUUGAUGAAAGGUUGAUUUCUAUCGAUGAUAUCGAGAGAAUAACAGUAGUUAACUGCGCAAUGCUCGAAAUUUAUUACAAAAAUGAUUUUUAUUCUUCGCCAAAAAGUGACAAAAAUACACUUUUGAUGGAACAAUGGGUAAAAUUUGCCAGCGCAUGCAGAAAGAGCGGAGAAUUGCAGAGAAGUCAGUUCGCGUGUUGGAGAGCUUUCCAACUUGAAAAUAAUUCAAUAAGUACGAUAGAAACCGCCAAAAUUACAUGGUCACUUCACGACAAAACUCGAGCAGUUUCUCUUUUGAAUCCUGAUCUUCGUCAGAACAAAAUUUUUAAUUCUGAUGAAGAAAUCGGCAAAUUUACCUAUUUGAGAGCGAAAUGGAAUCAAGAAUUAGAUCAUUUACUUCCAGAUGAAUUGAUGAAACAAUAUCAAGAUGCAUCUAAACUUAUGAAGAAAAAUGGAAAGUGUUAUUAUCAAAUGGCAAAUUUAGCUGAUGAACGAUUAGAAAGUUAUUUAGAGUAUUUCGAGAAAAUCCAUUAUGGAACAUCGAUGCGAAGGAAUGCAGUUUCUAAAUUUGUUGGCACUAAUUCAAAUCCAGGUUCUAUUUUGGAAUUCCUGCAAAAGAAUACCGUUUUAGCAUUAGAAUGCUACAUGAAAUGUCUUUCUAAUUCACCAGAGUUGGCUCCUGAAGUCGUUCCUCGUGUCUUACAAAUUUAUUUCGAUCAAGGCAAAUUUUACACAUUGACUGAAAAAGACAAUUUACAAGAUUUGCCAUACGCUCUUUCAAAGAUUUCUCCUUCUAAAUUCGACAUAAUAUUGUCAGGAAUGACAGAAGUAUUCCAGAAAUGCCUUGAUAACGUGAACAACUCAGUUUGGCUGAACUCAAUCACACAGUUAAUUUCACGUGUUGAACAACCAACGAAAUUAGAAGACAAAUUAUACAAUUUGAUUCGAAAAUCUCUUUACGAUUUCCCAGAACAAACAUUCUGGCACUUGAUGUCAGUUAAACAUUCAUUGAUUGAAAGCCGCAAGAAGUGUUACAACGCUAUCUUCGAACAAAUUGAUAAAAACUUUCCAAACGACGAUGGCAAAAUUGACAAAAUCCAUUCCUUGAGUCGAAAAUUCGAGACAAUCACAGAUUUACUUGAACAAUUGGCAUCGAAAAGCAUGGGUUCAAGUAGGGCAAAAACAGGAGAAGCAAAAUCUCUUUGUCCAGACUUAUACAACGCGUUUAACAACUCAAACAUUUUGAUGCCAUUGUCAAGCACUUUAACAGUCAAAUCAUCACAAAACAAUCUUAGUUUUGAACCUAAAAUUUCACAGAUGCAGCAAGAAAUUGUUAUUUUCUCAAGUUUGCAACGUCCUAAAAAAAUUUCACUUCUAGGAAGCGAUGGCAACAAUUACCACUAUCUGUGCAAGAAUGAUGAUGAUCUUAGGAAAGACAUGCGAAUGAUGGAAUUCGCAACAUUCAUUAAUCGAACAUUUUCUAAUGAUCGACGAUGCCGAGACCGAAAUUUGUCAAUUGUCACAUUUGCAGUUAUUUGUUUGAAUGAAAAAUGUGGCAUCAUUGAAUGGGCUGAGAACACAUGUUCAUUCAAAUCCAUCCUUGACAAAUACAUGAAGCAAGGUAAGAUUGGAUUGAGUCGAUCCCAACUUUUAGAACUUUGUUGUGACAAAGAACAACAAAAAGAAAUUUCAGAAGCAACUAAAAACAAAAAACGACAGAAUUUUGUCAACAAAAUUUUGCCAUUUUAUCCACCACAGCUUCACAAAUGGUUCAUGCACCGAUUCUGCCAGCCACAGCGAUGGUUCCAGAGCAGACUGCAUUACGCACGAUCAACGGCAGUUUGGUCUAUGGUUGGAUACAUUGUUGGACUCGGUGAUCGACAUACAGAGAAUAUUUUGUUGAAUGAAAACACAGGUGGAGCUGUUCAUGUUGAUUUCUGCUGCAUGUUCGAUAAAGCGAAAACUCUUCCAGUUCCAGAGUGUGUUCCAUUCAGAUUGACACAGAAUGUUGUUGAUGGCUUCGGAGUUUUGGGCACAGAUGGCCCAUUCACAGAAUCAUCAGUUUGUUGUUUGACAGCAAUGCGAGACAAGAAACAGAAAUUGGUUUCAGUUCUUCAGACAUUCAUUCAUGACCCUCUUCUUGAGUGGAAACAGAAAGCUAUGUCAGAUAAGAGCAGAGAGUUCAAACAAAACAAAGACUCAAAUGAAGCCAAAAUGGUUUUGUACGAAGUUGACUGUCGAUUGAGUGGUUUGACAGAAGAUAAAAGUAGACCACAAAGUCCAGAAUGCGUUGUCAAGAACUUAAUCACUCAGGCAACAGAUAAUGAUAAUUUGGCCUUGAUGUACAUUGGCUGGACGCCCUAUAUUUAG